CUCCCCCAGAGCACGCCGCAUGUUUUCGUUUAGUUUUUGUUUUGCUUUGCCAUUGAACUAUUUUAAACCACUUUUUAAGGCUUACAAAUGAAGAGAUUGGCUGGAAAACAAGACGAGGACAUGGGCGAGCCUUUGGCCAAAAUGCGACUACAGUCCAAGGCGAAUUCCCUGCUCAAUGCCAAAAAUGUGGACACCAAAGCGCUUGAGGGAUUCGUUCGACUAUUGAAGGAUAGCCCUGAAAAUGGUGUGCCAGCUGGCGAAAUAAUGAGUGUGCUGGAGGUGAUAUUCAAGAACCUGCUGAAGCGCAGUGAAAAAAGUACCCCGGCAGUUCACAAAUUGUACGAGGAAACUUGGGUGCUCCUCAGGCAAAAUCUUCUUGUGGAUUCCGAGUGCUCCGUGGCUGUAAAAGUAUGCAUGCAACUGAUCAAAGUGGAGGCCAAGUAUCCCCUGGCACCGAAAAAAGGUUGGCCCACGCACAGAAUUCGGGAAAUACUGGAAACCCUCUUAAAUGCCGAUGAGACACCCACCAAUGCGCUGACAAACUACAGCAAAUACUGCAAAAAUCUCGAUGUCUUGGAGGUCACGCUCAAGCAAGUACUGAAGCUAGUGCCCAAGGAGGACUUCAAGGACAUUCCCGUGAGGGCCAUGAACUUUCUUUCGAUUGUAAACCUUCUGGAUCUGGGAAAAACAGUGCUUAGCACGGCGGAUUAUCAUGUAGAAAGCGCCAAAUCGCAGACUUUUGACCUCGAACCAAAUAAGACAAGAUUGAACGAUCUCUGGUUGGCCAUAAUGAACAAAAGCAGCGAAGUGGACGAGAAGCUGCACCGCCAAUUGCUGGUGGUUCUGCUGGAACGCAUUAUCAACCACCUAAACGAUCCCAUACAGUUAACCGACUUUCUCAUGGACUCACUGCAUCAGUUUGAUGGCCCCAUUGCAUUGCUGGCCCUGCAGGGCAUCUUCACGCUCAUGCAAAAGCAGAACAUCACCUAUCCGGAUGUGUACGAGAAGCUGUACAACAUGUUCUAUCCGCGCAUGUUCUACAACAAGUACAAGGCUCGCCUCUUUUACUUGGCCGACAUCUUCCUCACCUCCACCCAUUUGCCGGAGAACCUAGUGGCGGCAUUUGUGAAGCGCCUCGCGCGCUUGGCCCUGCAAUCGCCCACCGAAGAUGCCGUCAUCAUGAUCCGCUUCGUUUGCAAUCUGUUGUUAAGGCACACGGGCCUCCAGAAGCUGAUACGCGCCAGUCAUGCGUCGGUUGACGAAGUCAGCGAUCCCUACAACGAAACCGAAACGGAUCCCGUCAAAUCGGGAGCCAUCAAUAGCUCGCUGUGGGAGAUCACGCUGCUGCAGAAGCACGCUGUUCCGGAAGUGGCCAAUGCGGCCCGGUUCAUCAACUCCUCGCUGCCCGUCAUGGAGUUCGAUUUGGCACCGCUUCUGGACAGGAAAGAGUGCAAUGUUUUCGACGACGAAUUGCAAUCGAAGGCCAAGCAGUUUGCCCUGAACUACGAGCGUCCCGCCAAUUUGGCCCUGCCCAAACACGAGUUCGUCACCAAAUACUGGGAGCUCAUCUAGAUUAGUGUUAUUAUGCUAAGUUUAAGCAGGAUUAAAGUGCUGCCUGUGCGGCUGCUGAUGAUGGGCCAGUUCGGCCUGAAA